UUUACACACACAGACGGACACUGCGCUGCGGGAGCCUCUUUCUAUUUGUUUUCGUUGAGAGCUCAAGACCGAUCCUAAACAUGACUGCGGAGGUUCUCUCGCAGCCAAACGGCGUCGUCGCGAACGGCGACCUGAAUCCAGUCUCUAACAACGCGACCGCCGCCAAGAAUUCGAAGGAGAGCGAACGACGUCGGCGCAGGAGAAAGCAGAAGAAGAACAACAAAGCCUCUCAGGCGCCGGAGGCCAGCGCCGGCGACGAGAGCGACGAGGGUGAUGCCAAGGAGAGCAAAGUCCCUCAACAGAUUGUUGAGAAAGUUGAAAUUGAAUAUGUUCCAGAGAAAGCAGCGUUAAAUGAUGGCAUGGAUGAGGAAUUCAGAAAAAUUUUCGAAAAAUUCACUUUCCAGGACUCUGCAGGUGCUGAGGAGGAUAAGAAGGAUGAGUUGCAAGAUGGAGCCCCGCAAAAGAAGGCCGACUCAGAUGCGGAUGAGGACGAGCAGGAUAAUCAACAAAAAGAGAGAGGAGGCAUUUCAAACAAAAAGAAAAAGCUUCAACGGCGAAUGAAGAUUGCAGAAUUGAAACAGAUCUGUGCUAGGCCCGAUGUUGUUGAGGUGUGGGAUGCAACUGCAGCUGAUCCUAAGCUGCUGGUGUUUUUGAAAUCAUAUCGUAAUACUGUACCUGUGCCAAGGCAUUGGUGUCAGAAAAGGAAAUUUCUGCAGGGUAAACGUGGUAUCGAGAAACAACCAUUUCAGCUCCCUGAUUUCAUUGCUGCAACGGGAAUUGAGAAAAUUAGACAGGCGUACAUUGAAAAAGAAGAUAGUAAGAAAUUGAAGCAAAAACAACGAGAACGUAUGCAGCCAAAGAUGGGGAAAAUGGAUAUUGAUUAUCAGGUUCUCCAUGACGCGUUUUUCAAGUACCAGACUAAGCCAAAGUUAACAACUCUUGGUGAUCUGUACCACGAAGGGAAGGAGUUUGAGGUGAAACUGAGGGAGAUGAAGCCAGGCAUGCUUUCACAUGAACUAAAAGAAGCUCUUGGUAUGCCAGAUGGUGCUCCUCCCCCAUGGCUCAUCAAUAUGCAGAGAUAUGGUCCUCCACCAUCAUAUCCACAUCUGAAAAUCCCCGGGCUGAAUGCGCCUAUCCCCCCUGGAGCUAGCUUUGGUUACCAUGCUGGUGGCUGGGGAAAGCCUCCUGUUGAUGAAUAUGGGCAACCGUUGUAUGGAGAUGUUUUUGGUGUUCAGCAACAAGAUCAGCCUAAUUAUGAGGAAGAGCCUGUUGAUAAGACAAAGCAUUGGGGUGAUUUGGAGGAGGAGGAAGAGGAGGAAGAAGAAGAGGAAGAGGAAGAACAACUUGAGGAAGAAGAUUUACAGGAUGGUAUUGAAUCUGUAGAUAGCCUUUCAAGUACUCCCACUGGUGUUGAGACACCUGAUGUCAUUGACCUCCGUAAGCAGCAGAGAAAGGAACCUGAAAGGCCUCUAUACCAAGUACUUGAAGAAAAAGAAGAAAAAAUUGCUCCAGGGACACUGCUUGGAACAACACACACGUAUGUCGUUGGUAGUGGCACCCAAGACAAAGCAGGGGCCAAAAGGGUUGAUCUGCUUAGAGGUCAGAAAGCAGAUAAAGUGGAUGUCACUUUACAACCUGAAGAAUUGGAACUUAUGGAGAAUGUUUUGCCUGCAAAGUAUGAAGAAGCAAGGGAGGAGGAGAAGCUGCGAAGUCAGCGGGAAGAUUUCAGUGACAUGGUUGCGGAGAAUGAGAAGAAGAGGAAACGCAAGAUGCAGGAAAAGGAAGGGAAAAACAAGAAGAAGGAUUUCAAGUUCUAGGAGGAGAGAGCCGAGCUCAUCAAGUUUUGCUGGAAGCCACCCUGAUGUUGAGAUAUUUUACAAGAUUUUGGUGCCAGUGUGUGUUGAGACUUAGUUGUACUUCUGUGAUUGUAUUUAGAUAUGAUAUAUCUUCACCCCAGUUCACUGUAUGAACUGCAUAAUAUAUAAUUAACCGCCUUUUGUUCCCCUUUGGCCUUGUCUUAAUUUAUAUAUUCAUGAGUAGUAUCAAGGACACCUUUUGUUCUUUUA